AUGGCCGCCCAGCAGCGCAGUUGCAGUCUGUUUGGCCAGCUCUCCCCGCUUCUCCAGGUGGGCGGGGCUACUGCAGGGCUCGAGUCACAUGAUCCGCGCAGAGCCAGGCUGACCAAUUCCAAUAUGGUGGCCAGCUUGGCAGGUCUACGGUUCCUGUUGAUGGUAUUGUUGUUCUGCGGGAUCGGGUUCGGCGCCUGCAGCCAGGAAGCUCCGCCGGUCCUGGGGCUGCGACUGGAAGACCCGGCGGGUUCGGUGUGCAUGAAGGAUCGGCUCAUCUCUGCGCCAGAAGGAGCCAAUUUCACGCUCCGUCUGUUCGGGUCUGAUCUGAAUGGAAGCUGGCCGUGGUUGGCGUUCGCAGGGGCAGCUGGCGGAGCUGUCGGGGCGGUCGGGGAUGCGCUCGACCCGUGCGGGCAGGAGUCCCAACGCCAGCAGUCCGCGUUCCAGGUGAAAUACUUCAUCCCGGACGAUGUGUACAGCGGGCUGGUGAUGGUGGCGGUGCGGCAGAGGAGCAUCUCUGCGGGGGCAGCUGGUAGAGAUCAGACGUACCACUACCUCUGCGUGCUGAGGGGAGGGAAGUGGGCUUCCGUGGGCCCGGACAGACUGCGGGUCAUCACCAAGGAUCUGCCCGUAGACUACAUCCCGAAGUGGGGUCUGGCGGUGCUGGUGGUGCUGCUGCUGCUGGUGUGCGGGCUGCUGAGGACAGUGAACCUCAGUCUGCUGUGGCUGGACCCCGUGGAGCUUUAUGUCCUCCACAGCUGCGGCUCCGAGGAGGAGAAACGGGCCGCCAAGCGCCUGGAGCCAAUCAGGAGGAGGGGGAACUUCCUGGCGUGUUCCCUGCUCUUCCUGUGCGUACUGGGACACUCGGCACUGGGUGUGCUCCUGUACCGGGCGUUGGGCUCGAUCCUCUCCGCAGUCUUCACCAGUGGCUUCCUCGUCUUCUUCCUGGCCGAGCUGGUCCCUCACAUCGUGUGCUCCGGUUAUGGCUUCCAGCUGGCACCGGGUCUGACCUGGCUGGCCCAGGUUUGUAUGGUGAUCACCUGCCCUCUGUCCUGCCCCCUGGGGCUGAUCCUGGACCUGGGGCUGAGGAGGGACAUCAGCACCUGUGGUAUAAGGGAGAGGGCCUUGGAGAUGAUUCGCACAAGCACCAAUGACCCUUACAGUGAGUUUGUGAAGGAGGAGUUCAGCCGCGGGACGCUGCGCAUUAAGACGGUGGAGGACAUUCUGACUCCUCUGAAGGAGUGCUACAUGCUGCCCAGCUCGGCAGUCCUGGACUUCUCCACCAUGUCUGAGAUCAUGCAGAGCGGCUACACCAGGGUGCCCAUCUAUGAGGAGGAGAAGUCCAACAUUGUGGAAAUCCUGUAUGUGAAAGAUCUGGCCCUGGUGGACCCAGACGACUGCACCCCCAUGACGACCAUCACCAAGUUCUACAAUCACCCGCUGCACUUUGUCUUCAAUGACACCAAACUGGACGCCAUGCUGGAGGAGUUCAAGAAAGGCAACUCUCACAUGGCCAUCGUCCAGAAAGUGAACAACGAGGGGGAGGGAGAUCCUUUCUACGAGGUGCUGGGAUUGGUCACGUUGGAGGACGUCAUCGAGGAAAUCAUCAAGUCAGAGAUCCUGGAUGAAUCUGACGGUUACUUGGACAGGAAGGUGAAGCGCCCUCUUCCCCAGCUGGAGAUUCCUCUUGAGCCUCGUGGCGCUCAUGAGGAGUUUUCUCUUUUCAAGCCUCCCGAGGGAGAACCCAAGAUCCGCACCUCGCCGCAGCUACUGCUGGCUACACAUCGCUUCCUGUCUAGAGAGGUGGAGCACUUCAGCCCUGGACGCAUGACUGAGAAGGUCUUGUUCCACCUGCUCCGUCACCCCAGCGUCAACCAGGAAGUGCACUUUGACCCCAGCGACCGGCUGAGCCCGGGCCACUAUCUCUACACCCGCAACCACCCGGUGGACUAUUUCAUCCUGCUGCUGCAGGGCCGUGUAGAGGUGGAGAUCGGAAAAGAGGGGCUGAAGUUUGAAAAUGGGGCGUUUACUUACUACGGCGUUGCUGCUCUGACGCUACCAUCUUCAGUGCACCAGUCUCCAGCAUCAACACAGCGUCAAUCUCCCAGGGAUCCCUUUGAGUCAGCAGACGCCACCAGCCCGUCCAGUUAUUGUCCUGACUACACCGUCCGAGCUCUCACUGACCUGCAGCUCAUACGGGUGACACGUCUCCAGUAUUUGAACGCUCUGAUGGCGUCUCGCGUCGGCCAGAGUCCAGAUCCUCCUGAGAUUAAGAUCCUGCCCAACAGCCAGACCAAGCUGCUCAACGACAGAAACACCACACAAGGUGGGAGCGGAGCCCAAGAAAGCUCCACAGAAGAGGAGGCUCAUGGGUAGUGCAGUUCUGUCUGCACGCUGUAAAAAGAAAAAAACAUUUCUUUGUGUUUUAUAUAUAUAUAUUAUAUAUAUCAUCUAUGGCUGGAACGUAGUUUUUGGACAUGACUGGAGUUAGUGAUUUUAUUUUGUCUUUUAUGUUGAUCCACUGCUCACACUUCUCAUCUCUAGCCCAUUACAUUAUAAUUUUUCAAUUGCAAUUCUUAUUUUAUGUUGCUUUAUACACUUCGAAUUACUAUUUUACAAACACACACUUUAUUUUAUUUUGGCUGUGCCUUUCUUACAAGUUUAGUUUUUCACACUAAACUCUGAAUUUCCAUCUUUUCCUGUCUGGGUGCCAAAGUUACAUGUGUAUGUGUAUGAUUUUCGUGUGCGUGUUUGUGGGUGUGUACUCAAGCAUCCGUCCGUUUGAGACACUUAAAAACACUCAAGCUAUUUGAAAGCCGAUUUGCACAUUAAAGUUGUGCACUGUCAAUCAUUUAAGCUAUUUUAUGGUACAUGUGUGUUCUAUAUCCCCUCGUCACAAUUCUGUCAGGCAGAGACUGUGAAGGUUUGAACCGUGAAACAAUGGCAGAUGGUUUAUACUGUAAAUAUUCAAGGUGUAAACCAAACUAGGGAAAAUACAGCCAAAAUACGAAUCUAAGAGUGGUAAUUCAUAUAUAAUUGUAAUUAGAAGACAAACAAGUUAUCAAAAGAAAAUGAAUCGCCAACUAUUUUCAUAAUCAAUUCAUCCAUCAUUUUAAUCAUUUUAAGUUAAAAGUGCCACUUUCCAUGGUACUAGCUUUAGGCUUUAGGAAACUGUGACAGGCAAUUUCUCAUCAUUUGCAAUGUUCUUGUACAACUGCAUUUGAUUAGAAAACAUUUAACAUUUGAAAACUACUUGUUAAAUCAAGAGAAAUGUUGAAAAAUCUUUUGUAGGGUUUGAAUUGUUUUUUACAAUUCUUAAAUCCUUUCGGUCAGCCUGUUGAGUCCCGUAAACUCCCAGGGUAGAAGAUCGCAAAAUUACUUAUCAAGAAAAAAAACAGAUUCCUUGAUAUUAUUAACUGUUACGUACACAUGUUUGUACUUGUCAAAUGAUAUCUGCCAAUUUUGGAUCAGCGCUGGUGUUGACUCCGAAAAGUUACCCAGCCAUACCCACUCUAAAAUAAUUUGGAUUAAAAAAAUAUCAUGUCUUUUAUCUGUAUGCACAAAGUACUUACAAAUGUACUUCUCCUUACUUCUAAAAUACUCUUUUUACAUCCUUGUUAGACUUUAUCUUUAUGCUGGACCUAUGCCCAUUGAGGUACCGCUAUUUCACUAACCCUGAAUCUGUGGUCCAUUGAGUCAUUUAAACCAUAAACUGUAUGAUUUAAACCCAGGAACUAGUCCGAAUCCAUUUCUUACAUAUUUGAGUUUGUUAACAUUCCAAUAAAUUUUCACAACUGUCUAUGUCUGUGAUUCUGUGUGAGUGCGAUAUUCUGCAAAAUUUCACUAGUACAUGUCAGCAAGCAAGCAUCCAGUACUGCAUUUUAAGCUUUCGUCAUCCAAGUCAUUGUUGCAUGUACACAUGUGGACUAUGUAAGAAUUGGCUUCUCAAUAACAUUUCCUGUGUUUGUAUAUUAAUGUAAUAUUGAUGAGGAGGAACUUAAUGAGGCAUUUGGAGCCAUUUAAAUAAACCAGUACUUUAUUAAAAAUUGUUUUGGGGUUUUCCAAAUGUAUUUUAAAGAAAUACUCACAAGCCAUGACUGUUGUGAAAGUUCCGGGUCACUGUAAACAUUCACUCAGUUCAUACAGGAUGAGGAACGGCUCCUUUGACGGCACUGCAUAAAAAUUAACAAAAAUACACCAAAGGUUUAACAUGUGGGGUAUGUUGGGAAAAAAACUACUUGGUCUUGUCAGGCUCAAAGGCAGUAAUCAAUAAAUGUGAAGAAUAAAGCGUGCACUUCCAGAUAAUGUUUCCUGGAAGGAAUUAUUUGGAUUAAAUAGCACUAAUUCAAUUGUCAAUUAGUUAAUGGUUUAAUUUGAUCAAGCAAAAAUUAGCUGGUUCCAGUUUCUCACAUGUAAGAAUUUGCAGCCUAAAAUUAUAGUACAGUCCAAAACAAAACAGACAUUUGAAAAUUAUUCCAAAAGUGACAGAGAUAGUUUAGCAAGAAUGUAGACUCAGAUAUUAUGCCGUCUCCACUCAAGUUUUAUCAGUGUUUAUCCAAAGUUAGCUGACAUAGCCUUUGUUGUAGCAUUGAUGUCUUUAGCCAAAGAUAUUACGAGGCUUCAACAGUCGUGACUCACGUGAGUCCGUCCGGUGUUAUGAUGGAGUGUCUUCUUAACAUGAACCAGUGACUUACGUCCCAGUUUCUGCUGAAGCGCUGAGCCACAACUUUAUGUAAGCCCCAACCACAACUGUGCAACACAAGGAAGUAUUAUGAACUCAUACAUUUAGCCCUUUUCUAGACAAAGUGCUUGUCAAGGCCACACAAGCAAGGGAAUCAACCUGAGACUAAAGCAGAAGUGCAAAAAAAGGACGAAUAUAUAGUUAAAUAUUCAAGAGGUUCAAUCGAUGAUAAAUAUUUUUAUACAAUUCCCGAAACACCUUUCAAUGCAAAACAACCAAAUACAAAUUCAUAUUAUUUACAUUUGCCACCAAUGUUGAGCUGAUGCUUCAAAGCUUUUAACAUUAGCUGCCUUUUGCAACCUGAUUCCUUCUCUGAAGAUCCCCACCUCUAAUAGCAUAGUCCCCCAAUCCAAACUGACUUAAAAAGUCCAAAUGGUGGCCACAAAAUGAUCCUUUAGCAACAUGGAGGAUGCUGAAUCAAAUGUUAAUAGAGAAUGUAGGGAAACACACUCCUCGAGCUUACGUUGAACAAACUCACACUGUGAUAUUUUGUAGUGAAGCAACUAUUUGGACGUAUCCCUGCACCAUGGCUCAGCGUGGCGAAACAGGGAGUUUAACACUCAAACAGAUUUAUUAUGGAGCAUGAACCAUUUAAUUUGAAGCCACAUUUUCCCUCGGCUAAAUUCAAGUGUAUUUUUUGGCCAUUAGAGUGCAGUGGUGGCACAUUCUCACAGUGAGUGUCGAGUAUGACGUGUGAGUAUUUGUAUUAAAAUGACCUUGGGUUGUUUGAGUCGGCUCUGCACCAGCUGUUACAUUACCACCUUUUGAUUCCAUGUGUUAUAGAUUUUUUUUCAGUGUUACCACAUUUUGUCACAAUUUUAUUUGAAUGAUUCUGAGUAAAUAUUUUUCAGCUGUUUGCUUAUAUUGUUUUGUUGUAAUAAGCUCAUUUGUAUGGUAUCAAAAGACUGAAUGUCGAAAAGAUAAUCAUUACUUUGUGCUUAUUAUACUGAUGAAGACAGAGGUUUUUUUGGGGGGGUGAUGAUGUGGCGAGCUGUGUGUUAAUAUAUAUAUAUGACUGCUUGGAUAGAAUAUAAUUUGAGGUUGCAGUUUAUAGGUUAGCAAAUCUCAGUUUUUCAGGUACAAUGAUGAGUUAUGAGAACUAAACAGUUAAAUCGAUUGAUCUUUAUGUUCAGGUCACAUUUGUAGAGAAAUUUAACUUUGGUUUUGGGAAUGUUGCCAGUUUUGGGUGCAUUAUGACUCCAAUGCAUUUAACACUUUAACAAGUUUCUUAGGAAAUAAAGUCAAUCUUGUUCUAAAUAA